AAGGUGUUAAUAGCGAUGGAAACAGGUAUAAUCCCACCAACUAUAUACUUCAAAACACCGCGAAAAGAACAUACUCCAAUAAUUGAAGGUAGAUUGAAGAUCGUCACAGAACCUACUUCUUGGGAAGGUGGUUACGUUGGUGUUAAUUCUUUCGGAUUUGGUGGUGCAAAUUGUCACGUACUGUUGAAAUCGAAUCCUAAAAAUAAAAUCAACAACGGAGAAUCAAACGGUUUGCUGAGACUUGUAUUUGUAUCUGGUCGUACUGAG